UAUUCCACAGUCUCACGGUGACACUCCGCUUAAAUGUCAUUUCUGCUCUUUCAUGGAAACCCGGGAGCACCGGGGUUUUUCGGAGGCGCUGUAGUGUGCAGGGAGCGCUCCUGCUGUCGCGGAGUAGUCGCAGAAGUGGGUUUUGUGCUGGGAGCAGGAAGCGAGGCUAGCACAGUUAGCUGUGCUGUUAGCUCACGGUGGGCCGUGCUCUGCGGGCACCUACCUCUCUUCUCCAAAGUCCCACAUCACGGCCGCACUGAAGCGCGACCCGGUUACCCGCCGAGGCUCUGCUCGGGGACGUUUUGGAAGGUUGUUGGUGAUAUGUAUAGGAUACAUGAGCGGUGAGAAGUAACCAGAGCACACAGCAGUGUCCACCACGAUAUAACAGUUGGCACCAAGAGAGGAUCUGACGAACUUUUCUCCAGCGUCUCCAACAGCCCUUAUAUCAUGAGCACCACAGCCAAUGGCAACGACAGCAAAAAGUUCAAAGGUGACAUAAGAGGUCCCAGCGUGCCAUCCAGGGUCAUCCACAUCCGUAAGCUUCCCAGCGACAUCACAGAGGCGGAGGUGAUCAGCCUCGGCGUGCCUUUCGGAGACGUCACCAACCUGCUGAUGCUCAAAGCCAAGAACCAGGCCUUUUUAGAGAUGAACUCAGAGGAAGCAGCUCAGAACCUGGUGGGUUAUUACUCCACCAUGGUGCCGAUCAUCAGGCACCAUCCAGUCUAUGUACAGUUUUCCAACCACAAGGAGCUCAAGACUGACAACUCCCCAAACCAGGAGAGGGCUCAGGCGGCUCUUCGGGCUCUGAGUUCAUCUCACGUGGACACGGCGGCGGUGGCUCCGAGCACAGUACUGAGGGUGGUGGUGGAGAACCUCAUCUAUCCCGUUACCCUGGAUGCCCUGUGCCAGAUCUUCUCAAAGUUUGGCACCGUGCUGAGGAUCAUCAUCUUCACAAAGAACAAUCAGUUCCAGGCUCUGCUGCAGUAUCCGGACGGCGCGUCAGCCCAGGCGGCCAAACUGUCUCUGGACGGUCAAAACAUCUAUAAUGGCUGCUGUACUCUGAGGAUCAGCUUCUCCAAACUCACCAGUCUCAACGUCAAAUACAACAAUGAGAAGAGCCGAGACUUCACCAGACCAGACCUUCCCACUGGAGACAGCCAGCCCACCAUGGAGCAUACGGCCAUGGCUACAGCCUUUACUCCAGGCAUCAUCUCUGCUGCACCGUACGCUGGAGCCACUCACGCUUUUCCACCAGCCUUCACCCUGCAGCCUGCUGUGUCCUCCCCCUACCCAGGACUUGCGGUCCCCGCUCUGCCCGGAGCCCUGGCCUCUCUGUCCCUCCCUGGGGCCACCAGAUUGGGAUUCCAUCCAAUCCCUGCUGGACACUCUGUCUUGCUGGUCAGCAAUCUCAAUCCUGAGAGAGUUACGCCCCACUGCCUCUUUAUUCUCUUCGGUGUCUAUGGAGAUGUCAUGAGAGUGAAGAUUCUGUUCAACAAGAAAGAAAACGCUCUGGUUCAGAUGUCUGACAGCACACAAGCUCAGCUAGCCAUGAGCCACCUGAAUGGCCAGCGGCUGCACGGGAAGCCUCUGCGCAUCACUCUGUCCAAACACACGAGCGUUCAGCUUCCUCGCGAAGGGCACGAGGACCAGGGCCUGACCAAAGACUACAGCAACUCCCCCUUGCACCGCUUCAAGAAGCCCGGCUCCAAGAAUUAUUCCAACAUCUUCCCACCUUCUGCCACCUUACACCUUUCCAACAUUCCCCCCUCUGUGGUUGAAGAUGAUCUGAAGAUGCUGUUUGCCAGCUCAGGAGCCGUGGUCAAAGCCUUCAAAUUCUUCCAGAAGGACCAUAAAAUGGCUCUAAUCCAGGUGGGCUCUGUGGAGGAGGCCAUCGAGUCCCUCAUAGAAUUCCACAACCAUGAUUUGGGAGAAAACCACCACCUGCGAGUCUCCUUCUCCAAAUCCUCAAUCUGAGCCACCAUCUGAAUCCUUAGAGUCAGCACGACAGUAUCUACCACACUCCAAUCAUUCCACCACAUGUCUGUAGAAAACACAGUAGAGUCUGGAUUAAUGUUAAAUUAUUAUUAUUAUUAUUAUUAUUAUUAUUAUUAUUAUUAUGCUUUUUUCUGUUUUUCGAUUCUUUGCCUUCUGACAGAAUUAAGGUCUCUUGAGGAGAAAUCUGACUUUAUUCUCUCAAAUUUUAUAAACUAGAGAAUAAAGUUGUAGUUCUGACCUGUUCAGGCUUUCUGGAAUAAAGCCGGAGUUCUUCGGUUAGUCAGAAUUCAGACAGCAAAGUACUUUUUUUUUUUAUCUUGCCUUUGGGCUUUGUUCCCACACCAAGGGAUUAAAGUCGGCCUUCUUAUCCAAAGAUGUUACAUUUUUCAGAUUCAGACUUUUACUUUGAUCUUAAAUUAGCCCAAGUUUUACAGGUGACCCUGUUCCUUUUUAGCUCUCCCUUUAAAAGUUCCAGCUCUGCUUGUAAACGAUCAGAGGUCAGAUGUCCGCUCAGGCCUUCAGGUCCAAGUGUGGCCCCGUAAAGAGAAGCCUGGCUAGACCUUCACAUGAUCCCUGUGCCUUAUUCCUGGAGUGUGAAUGAUCGUGAUUAUGUCAUGUUUAAGAGAAAGAGGGAAAAAAAAGUGAGCAGGUUUACAGUUGAAAAGGUUUACUGUUAAUGAGCUGUAUUACAGAUAUAUCUGUGUUUUCUGUCUCUAGUGUUUUGUACCACUGUGUUACUGUAGUGUGAAACAAGAACUGACUGUCUUUUAGGUUUGUUGGGUCUUUAGUCCUAAAUGCAUUGUUUUUCUUUUUGAUUUCUUUAUUUCUGUGUUUGCAAUCAUGUGUUAAUCAAAUGUUGUAGCAAUAUUUUAAUCAUUCCUGAUAUAACUGUUUUUGUGUUAGGUUUUUUUUUUUUUUUUUUUUUGGGUGCCUCUGUGAGCUCGGCCUUUCACGGCGUGCAGACGAAUGUUUUGUCUAGUUGGUGAAUCUGGUCAGGUUGUCUUGUGUGUCGCCUUUCUGGAUGGUUUUAUUUAUAAGUUUGUGAUCCACUACAGCUGAAACCAAAAAUGGCCUUCAGGAUGCAAACAAAUAUGUCUGCCUCAGGUUUCUGGUUUUAUGGACUACAGAAAGACUGCAAGCUGGUUUCAGCUUUCUUAUUUUCCUGUGAGAAUGCAGAAUGUUUUUAUUCAUUUCUUAAUUGCAAAACCAGAUGUUUGGAGUGCCUUUGACGCAGCACUGAGUUGUAAUCAGGCAUUAAUUUAUCUGUAUACUGAUGUGACGGUUUGGCAGGGAGGAAGCCCACAGUCCUCCGAAACCACAAAAUGCUGGUUUGAUCUGUUUGUGUCUUAAUAUGAAUAUUGUUAUUUUGUCAUUCCAGCUGCUCAGAUGUUCAACUGAACUUCAAAAAUACAAAGAUUCUUCACUGACCAUGGUUCAUUUAAACAGGUUGAUUGUGGUGCCUUCAGUAGAGCUGGGAGGGUUUGUGUGUUCACUUUGUCACUAGGUGAGGAGAAAAUGGUGAUUGUGUCCCAGUUUACUCCCUCCCUACAUACCCAGACCAAAGGUCCAGGUGGGCAGGUCAUUUCAGAGUCAAACAAAUAAACUGUAGCCGCGUUGCACCUGAAUUUGAACAUGACAAAAGCCCCUGCUCCAUUAGUACCUACUCGGAUUGACUCGCCACAACCCGACUCGGAUCAACUGGUUUUCCAUUACAAUCGAGUACUACCUAAUGUGCGUCAUCGUUGUUAUAGCAACCCCUCCCAAGGCCUUGUGACGUAAUUAGUAUGCGACACAAACGCUGCAACAAAGGUGGCAGUUGAGGCAACAAUAUACCUGCUGGUCAGUCUGUGGCCUUUUGUCAGACUCCGAACCACGACAUGGUUUGUUUUUUUGUUUUUGGUUUUUUUUGGUAGCCAUGUCACUCGUUGCUAGGUUUCAAACGUGGUGGUUUAGAUUUUUGUGAAUGAGACGGUCUCAUGACUCAUCAAAUGAAAUGACGGCACUGACCAGCCAGUCGGUGGCAUGCAGUCUGACAUAACAUUUAGUACCUGUUUGGAUCCCUUGGAAUCCCUGCCAAGUAGGUACUAUUUUAGUACCUGGCAUUAGGAACUAUCACCUAAUGGAAAAGCCUGGCAAGUCGAUCUAAUGGAAAAGGGGCUAAAGUUACAUCUUACGAGGUCCCUGCACAUUGUGAUUUCAGAGUUUGUAUGGAUGUGCGAGGAAUUUGAGACAGUUUCUAAAAUUCACAGCUAUACGUAACAGGUGGGCACAUCAACGAUAACAACCAAACCCUCAUGUACUGACACUUUUUACCACCUUCUUUCAUUUAACUUUUCAAUUGGCUUUAAUUCUUACUGCGGAAUUAAAAUACUCAUGUUCAUAUUGUUGGCAAGAGAAGUCUGAGCUCCUAAACACGUUAAAAAAAAGAGAGAGAUAUUGAAGACACAUGUUCACUGAACACGAGGGUGUUUGUAUUGGCGAUUGAUCAACUUAAACUGUCCAUUUUCUUCCACUAUCAGACUGUGAUGUGCAGUUCAGGGUUGUGAUAAACCAGCUCAUUGCAGUUCACACAAUGUAAAGUUCAAACCUUUCUGAUUAUGUGAGGUGCAAGUCUGACCUGAACCUGACUGCUGUUACCACAGUGCCAGGGACCUUCAUCUGUCAAACUGAUCGAUGUGCUGCAUGCUGUUCAUCACUACAUGGAGGCCGGGAGACGUAUUAGGACACAGUUCCCUUUAAUCUGAAACCGCAGCCUUUCCGUUGGGACAGAUCCUACAGGUGACUGGAAUGCAUCACAAAACCUGGUCGGGUGAGGUGGGAAUGGGACCAGUCAGUCAGUAACAGGAGGGAGGGGCAUUCAGCUGUACAUACACAUUUUAUACCACAGUUCAGUGUCUAAAAGGCGAUUGUCAGUUUUCUAUCUGAUAAAAUCUGUAUAUUUUGAUUAAAGUGUGAAAUCGGUUCUGAGCCUUACAUUGUUUGUGUCUAAAAGAAAGAUUAAAUCACUUUUUAAUCUAAA